AUGGCACUGAGAACUCUUGCUCCAGAUGGGUUUGUGCUGCUGAGGGAUAACGAAUCAUGUCAUGGUGAAGCACUUGCUUUUGCACUCGCUCGCUCGUCGAAAUCCCUGGUUGUGCUGACAAUCCCUGGCAGAGAGAACGUUCUCCGAAGAAGAUAUUCCUACAGUAUUGCAACAUUCAUAUGUUUGGACUCCACGGAUUCAAUAGAAACCAUCUUUACGAAAAUAAGCUCAUGCACGCCUUCAUGCUGUAUAUUGGACUGCGUGGAUGUGUUUGUGGAUAUGUUUACUGUAGAUGCAAUCGUUGGGACAGAAACGGUUGCUUUGAAUAGCGACCUCAAAAUAUCGAGUGAGAAGUUCGUACCACUGGAAGUCACUUCUGCUGCAGUCACGGUAGACCCUACCAAGGCAAUGGACCUAGAGCCAGAACUAAGCAAUGAGAUUAAGCUGUGGCGAAUGGCCGAUCGCAAAGUACGAGUAGGUGGUCAAAUCAUCUACACACCAGAUAAGGAGGAUGACUUGGACGAUAGCGAUCCUGAUGAAGAUCUCAACUUAUGA